ACAGCUGUUCUCGAAAACGUCAAAUUCGACGUGAAAAUAAUAAAAAAAAGACAAGAAACCAAAAUAAUGUGUGCUCGAUAGACCGAUUGUGAUGAAAUAAGUUGCACACGAAAGUGAUAAAAGUUAAAAUAGUCGAGCUACUUGUUUCGAUUCGAAUAAUAACGUUUGACAGAAACAUCAUAAUAUAAUGGCAAUCGGCUUGCGUUCAUUGUCAAUGAGACUUGGCCCGUACGGAGCAGCUACGAGAUUUACCAAUGAAAUAAACAAUAAUAAACCGGUGCUACAUUUACUUGAUGUGAAAUCGACAACCGGCAAAAGAGAUACAACCGAAUCGGGCUAUGUUCAGAGAAUCAAAAGAAAGGAAUGUAUGCCGAACAUUUAUUUGCCAGCAGUACGGAAUGCCCGAGUGGACAGAAAUUACUUUUGCUCUGGCGUCAAUUUAAAAUCGACAACAUUUAAUGAUCCAACGACCACCAAUUCAAAUGACAAGAAACAGAAGGGCAAUGAACAGCUGCAGAUUGUGUUUAAUGUGUUGAGUAGCACGUUACCCAAUCUUUUCGUCAAACCACUUGACUAUUCCAUUUUCCAUACAAAUUUGGUGGUUGAGAACAACAUUAGAGGGACCAGAACAGUCGGUCUAUACCAUUUUGUGAAACAAGUGGCACUACUUCGUACUGUAGGACAUAUAAAGUAUGGAUACGUUAAAUUCGACGUACUGAAAAUGACCAUGCAUCCGGAAGAUGACACCAUAAAAAUUCGGUGGAGCGUGAGAGGCAUAUCGGGGCUAAAGAUUAUGUUACAAUUCUGGAAAUUCAAAUUGUGGGAAUUCAAAAAAAUUCGUGAACAAGAAGAGACUUGGUACGACGGAUUUUCAACGAUGUAUGUCGGUGAGGAUGGACUGGUUUUCAAACAUGUCAUCGAUAAGGUGAUCCCCGAUCAGAAUCGUGAGUUAGAUACCAUUACAAAAGGGACAUUGAUUGCCCCGAAAUUGGCAUUGUUUGUGGGCCUGACGACAAGUGAUCUAUCGCAAUUUAUGUUUUAGUGAUAUAAAUUAUAACUCAGCUAAUUAUUGAAAAAAGAAAUGUCGACGAUUAAACUGUCGCUGGUUACAAUGAAGUAGA